GCCACAGAACCACCUUCCAGGGAUGUAUAACUCAGACAUGAUCUGCUUUGCUGUGGGGAGUUUCUUAUGGUUCCCCCAAGUGAGAGGUGAGGAAGGCUGCCUCAACACUGAACUCUGUUCAGGUACAGAAUGGGACCGUCUGUGGUACAUCUGGCUGGUGCUGGUGGUCGGGGGGCUCCUGCUGCUGUGUGGGCUGGUCUCUGUCUGUGUGAGGUGCUGCUUCCAGUGCCACCAGACCGGGGACGAGUCGAGCCCUCAGCCCUACGAGGUCACCGUCAUCGCUUUUGACCACGACAGCACCCUCCAGAGCACCAUCACUUCUCUCCACUCAGUGUUUGGGCCAGCUGCCAGGAGGAUAUUAGCAGUGGCACACUCCCACAACGCUGCCCAGGGAACUCCUCCCCUGUCAGCCUCAGACACCCCUCCAGUGUAUGAAGAAGCUCUGCACAUGAGCAGGUUCACGGUCGCCAAGGCGGGGCAGAAGGUGCCAGACCUGGAUCCAGUGCCAGAGGAAAAACCUGCCGAGGGCAAGGAUGCCCAGCUAGCCCUCCCAGGACGCUGAUGUCUGGUUUUACUUGAUAGCAAAUAAAAAAGGAUAGUUGCAUGCAGAAGCUAAUUCAGGUGGGCAAGGUAUUAAGAAUUUCAGAUUAACUUCCUUAGUCAAUUGAGAAGGGGGGUGGGGGGGGAAGCGAGUAAAAUUCCAAAUAUUUCAGAUCUAGCAUAGUCUAAUGGCU